GUGGGUUGUCUGCCAGAGAGAAUCAGUUGGCUAGCGGAACAACAGUAGCAGCACUGGAUGGUACAGAUUCAAUAUCAGUUACUAUCGUGAAGCCGAGAUUUGCGUCUUCAGUCUGCGUUAUAUGAUAAACCAGGAGACUUUUUCUUGUAUGGAAUGACAACCUCUCAGAGAUAUUUUGAAUCCAAACCAGCUGCUCAGUUUGCUGACAUGGAGUGGCAGACACCAGCUGUGUCAGAGAAGUUUCAAAGCCGUUUUGGCCGCCGGCCUGGAACAUCAGACAGUGGGGACACUGGUCUUGGCACUUCAGCAUCUGACAGCACUGAAGAUUUCUGCAGUUCCAGCAGCAGCCCUUCUUUCCAGCCCAUCCGCAGUCAGAUCCCCAUACCCACUGCACAUGUCAUGCCAUCCACGGCCGGCGCCCUGGCCUCAAAACCCCACUUAUUUGGCCAGGAAGACUCUUUGUCCUCAGCAGAGGGUCACAGAUCUUCGUCCGGCUCUAGAACCCCAAGCGGCACCACAUCAAAGUCUUCCUCUCUUUCCAAAUCAGCGUCUUCACCAAACUUGGAUGCUCCGGCCGGUAUAGGAGGUGAUUAUGUGGGACCCAAAUUAGACUGCCUGAGCCGCUACUGCAGCCUUGUCAAUGGGCUGGACCACUCACUUUUCCCCACAGAUCACACACGGGUGGAUGAGGGACAGAGGUUUGACACUCCUGCGGUGGAACCAACACUAAAUCAGUCUGCCCUGUUAGGAGGGUUAUGUCCUGAUGUCAGACUCCAGUUACAGACUGGGAUUAGAGACACUCCAGACUGUGGAUCUGAGGCCUACAGAGGAAGUAUGGAGCACAGCUAUAAGGUUCUGCCUGAAGUUAGGCCCAGCCUUUCUGGCACAGCGGAAACCUCUAAUCAGAGGGGCGGUCAGCCUGGUGCAGUCGGAUCUGCUGGAGUUUAUGCAAGUCCUCUCAGUCUGCAGACACAGGCACUGCUGAGGGAGCAUACGAGCCCCAAGGGUUAUGAUCCUUUGCGGCAGGACAGAUGUAGUGAAUUUUCUACCUGGCAACAAAAACAGCAGCUGGAGAGUUUGCGUCUUCAAGUGGAACAAAUGCAGUUAAUGAAUGCAGGAGUGGGUCAGUACCCAUCUUUAUACUCAACACCGCUGCAGUCGGAGUUGGGCAAGUGGGACGCUCUGGUCAAAGCCAGUGAGAGUCUGCUGAAGGAGAAGGAGCUUAUCAUUGAGAGACAAAAGCAACACAUGGCCCAACUGGAACAGCGUCUUAGGGAAAGUGAGCUGCAAGUUCACGGAGCCCUCCUUGGCCGAGGGGCAUCUUUUGGGGAUAUGUGUAUGCUGCGUCUUCAGGAGGCUCAGAGGGAGAAUGCAUUCUUGAGGGCGCAGUUUACUGAGCGCACAGACUGUGUUGCCCUGGAGAAGGCAGAGGCAGAGCACAGACUGGGAGCGGUUGAGGCUGAGACACGCCGGCUAACUGAGAAUCUGAAGGAAGCCUGCGAGAGGCAUGCAGAGGAGAUGAAGAAACAGGAAGAGAGGAUCCGAAGUCGAGACAAGCACAUCAACAACCUGAAGAAGAAGUGUCAGAAGGAAGCGGAGCUGAAGAGGGAGAACCAGCAACGCAUUGAGACUCUCGAGCGCUACCUAGCUGACCUGCCCACCUUGGAGGACUACCAGAGCCAGAACAAGCAGCUCUUGGAGGCUGAACAGCAGAUAGCUCAGCUACAAGAGAAAGCAGAAGAAUUAGAAGCCAGCCUAGAGACUACACACUCACAACUUCAAGAAAAAGAUGCACAGCUGGAAGAGCAGAAACGCAGGGAAAGAGACCUUCUCACAACCAUUACUGAUAUGCAGCAGCGGGUGCAGCAGGGCCUUGAGGACGGAGCCAGACUUCCAUCUCUAGACAUUGAGAAACUUAGAGUAGAAAACAAUUCUUUGAGAGAGGAGCAGCAAAGACUCAAAAAGGUUAUUGAAAAGCAACAUAGAAUGAUGGAACAGCUUGGCUCCCAGAUUCAGGCUUUGGAGGAGCAGAUUUCCCAGGAAGAGAGCAGCUCUCAGGCUCUCAGAGAGGAGGUGUUGGCCAAAGAACAGAAUGUCUUGGAACUUCACGCUGCCAUGAAGGAGCUGUCAGCCCAGAACCAGGAGCUGAUGGAGCAGAAUCUGACUCUGCAGGAGCAGAUGAGUGAUCCAGGGCUAAGGAGUGCUAACCAGGCCUCCUCUGUUCUACAGCCUGCAGAAGCUUGUCUAACACAAAGACUGCACUCAGAAAUUGCUUCCUGCCUCAGCGAUCUGCGCUCCCUCUGCAGCAUUCUGACCCAGCGAGCCCAGGGACAAAACCCCAACCUCUCCCUGCUGCUCGGCCUCACUGCACCACCAGCAGUGACUGAGCAGGACGAGGACUGGAUGGAUCCCGACGUGCUGCAAAAGAAGCUGGUUGAAGCCCAACAGCUCCGCCGUGAUGUGGAGGAGCUACGUAAUGUAAUACUGGAUCGUUAUGCACAGGACAUGGGAGAAAACUGCAUAACUCAAUAACUUUGACAUCCAGGUGACAGAGGAAACUUGAAGAAGUUCCUCUUCACCUCUGAAGCAUCUCACAGGCUUGUCUUUUUUGCCUAGAAAAUGAAUGUCAGAAAGAGGACUGGAUUUUAAUUUUCUUAUAAUGAGGACAAAUGAAAGCCCAAAUGGUUUAGCUUCUGCUUCUCUCAGCUGAGUGAACAUUGAGUCUCAAGCCCGCCUGUAGCUCAGAACCCCUCCCAUUCCCCCUGGUGAGUUAAUCUAUUUCAGUCCAAGGGCUAACAGAAAAUAACUUACCUCUAAUACUUGAUCCUUUAUGCAUUGUGUUUUUAAUAUUGACAAUUUGAUGCUGUCAGUUACCAAACAGUCUUAUACUUUUUGUUCCACUUCAGUGGAUAACUCUUUGUGUAGAAGUCCCACAAAUAUAAUUUAUUUAACUCUUGAUUUCCUUGUUUGGGGGAAUUGUCUCUAAGUGGUUGACAAUCAACUGAAAAAAACAUGUUCUUUUAACUGAAUUAGCAAAGAAAGUUAAAUAAUGUGCCAUUAUUUCAAAUGGUGAACACUGUAAUAUUAUACUCUGCUGUGUAUAGGACAAAACAACUGAAGGGUUUGAUACCAAAUCAGCUUUUCACACCAACAAGCCUACAACAGUUUUAAUACCAAAGAAACUGGUGAAACAGUUGUGUAAGUGUGUAAACGUUUGUGAACUCGCCUCUAUGCUGCAGGCGUCGUUUUGAUUGAACACCAGCAUGUGCCUUUGUCACGUUUGCAACUACAAUGCUAAUUAAUUUCAGACCAACUAGGAGGGCUUUGAACAGCUGUACUCUUCCAGUAUGAUCUGUCUCUGUGUAUCAACCAGUAGGAUAGUCAAUACAUUCCUUGACUCUGAAUGUAGAAAAGUCUGGGCCAUAUUACAAAGCUUGGGGAGGCCCUGACACUUUUUUGUUUUAUUUGCAUUUGUUUCUGUUACGCCAGUAAAUUAAAGUGAAAAACUGAUGUCUGGGUGAGCUUGUAGAAUUUGCUCUUUGUAGAUUUAAUUUAAUGUUGAUAAUGGCUGAAUGGCAACAGAGUGGUUAACUGAUAAAUGUAUGACUUAGAAAACAUAUUAAUCCUCAGUAUUAUUUAUUGUUUUGUUUGCAUUGACAACUCAGUGUGGAAGAUUUCUGGGUCUACCUAACAUGUUGCUGUAAUAAUGUUCAUUUGUUCUGACAAACCAUCCACAGUGUGUAAAGGUCCCAUGAAGUGGCUUUUAGAUUGUAACUUUUCUCUCUCUUUGUCAUAAGAUGUUUGGGGAGAUUCUCCUCAGGUGUUUGACUCCCAUGUGAUGAUUGGAAGGGUUGGCUGGAUCCACCCCUAGAUCAGUCAUGCUGUACUCAAGGGAUUGUUUUUAUUUGCCCGACGUACACAAUAAGCCAUUUAGAAAAUCUUGACACUUUACAGGAAGAGAAAAGGGAUUUUAACAUAAAAAUAUGCAACUGUGGUAAAAAGAAUUCUGCAGAACUGUCCCAGGGACACACAAGCCAUAUUACAUUUCAUGGGACCUUUAAACUUUAGUAGCACAAGGUUUCUCUUUGGAACGUCAGACUCUGCAUGCCUUAACAUCUCAAAAUGUUUUGCAAAAGGGAAAAAGAUGUUUAUAUUUUCAUACUUUUGUUUUUGUUUGUAUUUGCAUAUUUUAGAAAUAAAGAUUUUCAGCAUUUGG